AAUGAUAGUUUUCAAUUCACAAUUUAAUACAAUGAUUAAUACCUUAGUUGCCAAAGUAAAGAAAGUGCUUCAAGGAUGCGGUGUAAUAGCUGCACCUGAAGAAGAUGUGAAGCUUUUGGGUUCUGUGGGAAGUCCAUUUGUGAUAAGAGUUCAACUUGCUCUAAAAUUGAAGGGAAUUGAUUACAAAUUUGUUCAAGAAAAUUUGCCCAACAAAAGUGAACUUCUCCUCAAAUACAACCCAGUUUAUAAAAAGAUUCCAGUUUUUGUUCAUAAUGAGAAACCUAUAUCAGAAUCCCUUGUGAUUCUCGAGUACAUUGAUGAGACAUGGAAACAAAAUCCAAUAUUUCCUUCUGGUCCUUACCAAAGAGCCAUGGCUCGUUUUUGGUCCAAGUUCAUCGAUGAUAAGAUUGUGCCAGCUGCAUUGAAAUCUGUUUUUAAGGAUGAUGAGAAAGAUCGCAAGAAGGCUAGUGAAGAGUUGUCGAAUGGUUUACAGUUUCUUGAGAAUGAGUUGACGGACAAGUUCUUUGGAGGAAAAGAGAUUGGCAUUGUGGAUAUUGCUGCUCUCUUCAUCCCUUUAAUGCAAGAAGUAGCAGAGUUUCAGUUAAUCAGCAGUGAGAAAUUUCCAAAGCUACACAAAUGGAGUCGAGAAUUUUACAACCAUCCAAUAGUUAAAGAAAAUAUGCCUUCAAAAGAACAACAACUUGCGUAUUACAAAGCUGUCGCUGAAAUACUUGCUGCUAUGUUAAAAUAGAUUAAUAAACUGUAACGCAUGGAACUCUAAAUAACUAGUGUGUUAUGAGUUAUUGUUGUUUGAGAUAUGCACAAUCUCUAAUUUCUCAUGUAUCAUAAUCCUCGUGUAAUAUUGUUGUCAA